GAUCGAGGGCGAAAAAGCAGAGCUGUUCCGUGUUUUCUGCAGAAGGCGAGAGUCCAUUGUAGUCUAUUACUCGUCGAGAGGGACAUGUUCAGGUUAUUCUUAUAACAAACACCCCAAAUGCACUGUUUUGAUUACAAGUGACAUCUAAUCCUUACAAGAGCGAGCACCACCUAUAGGAGAUCGAAAGUGUAUUUUUCCCCCCCAUGGCUCGGUAAACGGAUGCAACAAUAUGCGGAUGGUUUUUACAUCAUCUGGUACAAAAUCUCUGUUCACAGGCGGCAUCUUAAAAAGGAUAGAUAGACAGGAGAUGCCAAACGUCGAGUCACUGGAGAAUGAAAACCUACAUUGAAAGAUCACGUUCAUCUUUGGCCAUCGACACAUGUUAAAUGGAUACAGAAUGGGUAAAUAAUGACGCUUAUUGUUUUCAGUCAUUCGAUCAUUUAUAUGGGUAUGACAAUAGCGGUCCUCUAUAGCACCUUUUUCAAAAUAGAAAUAUAGCCAAACGAUUUAACCCUGAAAUCACAGGCAACAAACUCAUCAAUAUGUGUAAUGAGGGCAAGAAAUAUGAUAUCCCUGUACUUUAGGCUGGAAAACCGCGUUGCUUAAUAAUAGGGCAAAAAGACUUAAGUAUUUUAAAUGGAUAGCCACGAUGGUGUCAUUUUGGACAUCCAUUUUACAAGUUCUAUCUUUUUUCUCUCUUUGAUAGAGCGCAACAUGUAGCCUAUUUCCUGUGUGCGCUGUAAAAUCAGAAGUCACGCAUAGUUCUCCGGGGAUAUUCUCAACUGAGGACAGAGGCGCAGUUUUCUCAAGACAAAUAUUGGUAGGGAACGACAGACAUUGCUCUCAGUAUCAGUCUGUCAACUGCAAAGAAAAAACCAACCUAGGCCUCUUUUGCACAGGCUGUCCAUAUUUCCCAGUAACUUUCUUAAAAAUCCCUUUUUUUCCCAACGUGGAUUGCUAGUCAGGUGACAUCUCAGGUGGGGGGGGGCACAAUUCAUGAUCAAACGGCAUCCCAUAUUCUUCACUUCUUUUGAGUUUUCACCAUGGAAACCCCAUGUGAACAAUGGUGAUGACCUUGAUACAAUGAAUAUAAAAGAGAAGGGUGUCAAUGUAAACAAAGUUUUGCAUUCGAAAAGAAACAAAGCUACAUUAUCGCCCUCACUUUAUUCUUAGUGAGUUUUCCAUGGGCUCACUUAAGGAAAAUUAACAUGGUCCAGGAGACCCUUCAAAUCUCCUUUUGUCUUAAGUCUACAUUUGGAGGACAUUGGAUUGGUGAAUCAACUGACAGAAUCAACUGACACUGUCAGAGACGUGUACCUAACGAAUAUGUGAGGAAAGCUAUUCCAAAGUGCAGGGCCUGACAAUCAAGACACUACGUGUGAUUUAAAGGACAUUUGUGACACCUCAGGGCAAAGGGUUCAGUUUACACACAUAUGAGAAUAAAAGGGAACCUGAUGAGAGAGCAUGAUGUAGGCCUGCGUUUGAACCUUACAACAGUACCUUGAGGAAUUUUACACCUGCAGAACUACAAACAGAUUCCCACUUUUUUUUACGACGAGGUCACAGGAAGAAUACAAAACUUAGUCAGCAUUCACGAUGCCUCGCAACCGGGCCUUCUCAGAGCCGGAGUACUCAGCAGAGUAUUCAGCGGACUGCUCUGUGACCCUACCAUCAGACCCGGGCCAGGCCGUGGGGCGCACGCACGAGGUAACGGUUCGCAGCCAAGGGUGCUGCCUCUGCCUACCACGCUUCAUGCGUCUCACCUUUGCACCCGAGUCUCUGGAGAACCUCUAUCAGACCUAUUUCCGCCGGCAGCGACACGAAACCCUGCUGGUUCUGGUUGUGUUUGCUGCCCUGUUUGACAGCUACAUCAUUGUCAUGUGCGCUGUGGUCUACACGGGUGAAAAGCUGGCCUCUGUGGUGGUGGCAUCAGUGGGCCUGGCAUCAGACAUCCUACUCUAUGUGUUGUGCUGCUACGGCCUGCUACCCGACCGCAUCUCACGACGUGUGGUGCCCUACGCCCUGUGGGUGCUCAUAGCGGCCCAGAUCUUCUGCUACCUGGGCCUGAACUAUGCCCGCUUCCACCAGGCCAGUGACACAGUGGGCUGGCAGGCCUUCUUUAGCUUCUCCUUCUUCCUGACACUGCCCUUGCGGCUCACGCCCAUUGUGCUGAUCACAUCCGUGUCAUGCGGGGUCCACACCCUGGUGCUGGGGGUCACCAUUGCACAGCAGCAGCAGGAGGAUAUCCAGGGGGCUGCCCUCGGGAGACAGCUGCUGGCCAACAUAGUGAUCUAUGUGUGUGCGAUCACUGUGGGCGUCAUGUCCUACUACAUGGCAGACCGGAAACACCGCAAGGCCUUCCUGGAAGCACGGCAGUCCCUGGAGGUCAAACUCAAUCUGGAGGAACAGAGCCAGCAACAGGAGCGUCUCUUGCUGUCCAUCCUGCCCAAGCAUAUAGCAGACGAGAUGUUGCAGGACAUGAAGAAGAAAGAAGCCAGUCAGACUGGACAGAAGGAGAUGCAGCAGUUCAACACCAUGUACAUGUAUCGCCACGAAAACGUCAGUAUUUUGUUUGCAGACAUUGUGGGAUUCACUCAGCUGUCAUCAUCAUGCAGUGCCCAUGAGCUGGUCAAGCUCCUCAAUGAACUGUUUGCCCGCUUUGACAAGCUGGCUGCCAAAUACCACCAGUUGAGAAUAAAGAUCCUGGGUGACUGUUACUACUGCAUCUGUGGCCUGCCAGACUACAGAGAGGACCACGCUGCCUGCUCCAUCAUGAUGGGCCUGGCCAUGGUGGAGGCCAUUUCGUAUGUUCGUGAGAAGACCGGGACAGAUGUGGACAUGCGUGUGGGGGUACACACUGGCACUGUCCUGGGGGGCGUCCUGGGACAGAAGCGGUGGCAGUAUGACGUCUGGUCCACUGACGUCACCGUGGCCAAUAAGAUGGAGGCGGGAGGAAUACCAGGGCGUGUGCACAUCUCCCAGGCCACCAUGGAGUGUCUGCACGGGGAGUUUGAUAUGGAGCCGGGGAACGGGGGCGACCGCUGUGAGUACCUGAAGGAGAGGGGCAUCGACUCCUACCUGGUGGUGGUGCCCAAGGGCCCCUUGGGAAAGAACGGCAUCAACGGGGUGAAGUUGUCUGUGAUGUCGUCCAAUGGGAACUCUCCAUUGUUGAUCAACACCACUGAGUGUAAUGGGAGUGUCCACACAGCCUGCACCACACCAGACGACCCAGAGGAGCUGGACACACGGGUGGUGAACCCUUCGUUCCCCAACCCUCGGCGGAGGCUAAGACUGCGGGACCUGGCCGAGAGGGUGAUUGAUGCCCAAGAGAACGAACAGGAGCUCAACAAACUGCUCAAUGAGGCACUGCUGGAGAGAGAGACCGUACAAGCUCUGAAGGGGAAACACACCAAUCGUCUGUCCCUGCGCUUUGUGGACCCUGAGCUGGAGACCCGCUACUCCGUAGAAAAGGAGAAGCAGAGCGGAGCUGCCUUCAGCUGCUCCUGUGUAGUGCUCCUGUUCACUGCAGCCAUGGAAGUCCUCAUAGACCCUCGGAUGAUAGCAAACUACGUGACCCUAGCUGUGGGAGAGGUCCUGCUGCUCGUCCUAACUGUCUGCUCUCUGGCGGCCAUCUUCCCUCGAGUUUUCCCUAAGAGGCUGGUGUCUUUCUCCACAUGGAUCGACCACACCCGCUGGGCACGGAACACAUGGGCCAUGGCAGCAAUCUUCAUCCUCACCAUGGCCGACAUUGUGGACAUGCUGAGCUGUCCCCGUCCCUCUGGAAACGCCACAAUGGCUCCACCUUCCUCUGUUGUCCAAUCCGGGGCAGAGGGCUGUCUGGACAACCCCAAGUACUACAGCUACAUCGCCGUGCUGGCACUCAUGGCGACCACCAUGCUGGUACAGGUCAGCCACAUGGUCAAAGUCACACUCAUGCUCCUCAUCACCAUAGCGACGGGCAUCGUCAACAUCUACAGCUGGAGGGACAUAUUUGACCGCUACGAUAUGGCCCGCUUCCAGGACUACAGGUCUUACCUGGUUCCCUCCAAAUAUGCCAUGACUAUCAUGAUCUUCAUCAUGAUGAUCAGCUUCUACUACUUUUCUCGACAUGUGGAGAAGCUAGCACGUACUCUGUUCUUGUGGAAGAUUGAGGUCCAUGAGCAGAAGGAGAAGGUGUAUGAGAUGAGGCGCUGGAACGAGGCGCUGGUCACUAACAUGCUGCCAGAGCACGUAGCACGCCACUUCCUGGGCUCCAAGAAAAGGGACGAGGAGCUGUACAGCCAGUCAUAUGAUGAGAUUGGGGUGAUGUUCGCCUCCAUCCCCAACUUCUCAGACUUCUACACAGAGGAGAGCAUCAACAAUGGGGGGAUUGAGUGCCUCAGGUUCCUCAACGAAAUAAUCUCCGAUUUUGACAGCCUCCUGGACGAGUCUCAGUUCCGCUGCAUCACCAAAAUCAAAACCAUUGGCAGCACUUACAUGGCAGCGUCAGGAGUCACUCCUGACGUCAACAACGGCUACGCCUGUCUGAAGAAAGAGGAGCUGACUGACAGAGAGCGCUGGCAGCAUUUGGCAGAUCUGGCUGACUUUGCUCUGGCCAUGAAGGUCUCGCUCAUGAACAUCAACUACCAGUCCUUCAACAACUUUAUGCUACGCAUAGGUUUGAAUAAAGGGGGGGUUCUGGCAGGAGUGAUUGGUGCCCGGAAGCCUCACUAUGACAUCUGGGGAAACACUGUGAAUGUGGCCAGUCGCAUGGAGUCCACAGGGGUCAUGGGUAACAUCCAGGUGGUGGAAGAUUGUUACCACAUCUUGAAGGAGUACGGAUUCCGUUUUGUGAGGAGGGGACCUAUCUUUGUGAAGGGGAAAGGAGAGCUGCUUACCUACUUUCUGAAGGGUAGAGAAAAACAGGGCUCCUUCAUCAACGGCUCCUCGGUCACCCUGCCACACCAAGUGGUGGACAACUCCUGACCUGCGUGUCAAUGCUCACAGAAACACACACGCAUAAUCAGAAAUAUACAUUGUAAUGUAUAAGUGAGAUCUGAAUUCAUGCUUAUACCAACACUCUUUCAGAAUUGCAAAGUAUGUCAGAGGAUAUGGACAUCUUGCAAAGAAAGAAGAUUUGUCCUGCCUCCCCCUCCCCCACCCUGCCUGUUCAAAUACUUUUUUUGCAAACUACAAAGCUUUUGAAAAUAGUGCUCAGCUAUUUGCACUAGAGACUUAUGAACACAUAUCACGGUACUGUAUAGUCACACAUAGUUACACACAGUCUUAGACAAACACUCUUAUUCAGAAACACAGUCUGACAAACACACAUUCAUGUACUCACUGCAAUGCCAUCCUUACGACGCGCUCAAGCCAGAUGCAUCAUGGCUGUUGGACUAAAUGCCUCAUUUUGAAUACUUUCCCCCUUUUACAAAAUACUUUAUAUUUGGAAAAGAAUGGAUUUCAUUGUGUUUGUUACAGUAUCUCCAAACUGCUUGGAGAUGGCGAUGACCUGAGAUAAGAUGGUAGAGGUGUGUGUGUGUGUGUGUGUGUGUGUGUGUGUGUGUGUGUGUGUGUGUGUGUGUG